AAGAACUAAAGCAAUAUAACACAACGAUACACACCCUUUUCAAACAAUGAUUUUAGUUAUUUAAUUUCAGAAAUGAUUUCAAAGUUUUGAAGCAAGAAACAUGAUUGCUUUUUCAAAAAAAGUGUUGUUGAUAAUCGUCUAUAUAAAAGGUAAUUUAAAAAUAUUUGGCACAACUUAAAGUUUGUAUGUGUAUAUAAAUAUAAGCGAGCAAAAGAUGUACAAGCAGAAAAGGACUUAAAUGUAAUGUGCUGGAGUGGAUAAUCAUAUGUAUAACACAUAUCUUUAAAUAACUCUUCAGUAGUAUAUUAUUCUAUCAAUAUGUCCUCGACACUGCCUUUAUCAAGCAAACAUUUCUAUUGAUACCUCAAUUUUAUCGUAAAAUUUAAAUCUAUCAUAAAAUACUCCUCAAACUAAUUUUUAUUUUAUUUCUGAAACGUUUAAAGCUUUCGAAUUCAUGAAAAUAUUUAUGUGGAAUGGUUUCUGUAAGCCUAGUUGUGUUAGAGUGUUUGGAUAAAAAAUAAGAUGAAAUUGCCCCACUUGGCCAUAGUGAUUUCGGUAUAGCCCUUUUUAAGAUAGUUUAACAAUAUAUCUUUAAGAGAUUUUCGACAGGUUCCUACAUUUAAAAAAAAAAAACCCAGAAAACAUAAGAAAUAUAAAAAUAUUAAUUAAAAGAAUAACGGGGAGUUACUUUUAUGUUUAUAUUUAUCGGAGAACGUUGAUAUGAGGGAAAGAAUUGAAUUGGGUUGUUAUAUUUGGUGGGUGUGUAUUCUUCUCUAUUUGUAAAAUUAUAAACGUAAUGAAUAGUGGAAAAUCCUUUUGGUUUUGGUUUGCGUAUUUGAGAAAUGAUUUUCUGGAAUCAUAUUGGUAUAAAUAAUAAAGUUGAACAAAUGUAAGACCUUAGAUAAAUCCUUUAAAUAUGAUUAGUUACAUGUGUAAGUAUGCUAAUGGAUGAUACUAAAAAAAGGUAAAUCUAAAAAACAAAUCCAUAACUGAAUUAUAAAAAUAACCUGUCAUUUUAUGAAGAUAGAAUAUAUAUGUCUUACAAUUUAAAUAAAUUUCUAUUCACACAGUGAACACACAUGCGCAGACCAUAGAGUUAAAGCGUUACAGACAACAAGAUGCUAAAACACAGUGUACCAAGGGAAUAAUAAACGAUAUUGAUACUGUUGUAUUUAUAGCUAGAAUACAUUAUCAUCCUGAUAGCCAUAUACAAAUGUUUUAUCAACAAACAAACAGCUCAAAAUUUACUUUUGUAAGUUUCUUAAUUUUCUUUUUUUAAUUUAUAUUUAAACAAAAAAGUUAUUUUUAAAAAUGAGAUAUGUUUAUCUUUAACAUUACUUCCCAAGACAUAUAUUGUAUCCAUUCUAUAUAAAAAUAUCUUUAUAAUUAUUAUUAUUUUCAUUAUUAUUAUUAAAGUGGUUUUGUACAGCGCCAUACACCAGCCAAUGACUAGGUUCACCGCGUUUCACAUCAAAUUUGCAAAAAGAAAAAAAAAUGAAAAAUUUCAUUAAAAAACAGUUAUGCAAAACAUUCUUUUAUAAACAGCUGUUUUAAAAUAUUGACCGAGCCUACUCAAGUGCUAUUACCCCUGUCUAACCAUAAACGGAAGCAAGCAGCGUUGAGUGUUAUCAGUCAAACGGGUGGGAGAGAAUUGGUUGCAAUGGUUGAGUUUGAAGAGAUGUGUCAUAAUAGAUACUUUGAAAUAUAUCAACAAGUAAAUCCAUUUAUCAAUUGAUAUAGCCGAUCUAUGUAUAUUUUCUAUUUAACCAUGUGUCCUUAUAUCUAUCUAUGUAUCCAUGUGUCUAUCUGUCUAUCUAUAUUACACUUCACUGUCCGUAAUGAAAUAUCGGUGGAUUAAGAAUACAAGAUCUAGAAGUUCAAUAAUUUAAAUAGCUAUAUCUAUUGCAUUUUUAAAUAGAUUUAAAAUGGACACAUUUUUUAUUUUAACUUUAUAAGUGAUCUGAAGAAUUUUAAAGGGUCCCCAUACACUGGCAAAACUUAUUCGGUACAAUUAUUGAAUAGGUCAAAUUCGGGUCCCUUCAUUCAAAUUAAAAGCAUUAUAUUUAUAUCAGUGCAUUUAGUUGAAUAAAUUGUUGUGUUCGAAAAAUAGUUAAUUUUAAAAAAUUAUUUGUUACAGCUUUCGAAGAGGAUAUUAAAUUUAAUCUAGAAUAUUCAAGAAAUUUCAAUAUAGUUCUAUUGGGGAAAAAAAGGGAUCUAAAAACUUAUUGUAUCGUUAACGAGAUCCUGCAUUAAACUAAACGAACCGGUAAAGCUGUACCAUCCGGUCACUGGAGCGAACCGGGAUCGGAAUCCUAUCAGGAAAUCUGAUCCCAUCAGAGAAUAGGUUCCCACUGGGAAAAGGGAUCUUAACGCAAUCGGCAUUCGAACGGGAACGGGAUCCCACUGGGAUCGCAAUCCUAUCUGACGACUUAAAUCGACAGUGAUCAGGAUCGGCCCGGUAUCAGGAUCCAACCGGAAUCGUGAUUCCACCGGGAUUACGUUACCUCCAAAUUCGGAAUAUCAUGUGGAUCGGGAUCCCAACAAUAAACAUUAUUCUAACGGGAUCUGGAUACUAACGAGAUCGGGAUCUUAAAAGGAUUGGUAUCCAUUCGGGAGGGACACACACCGGUAUUGGAAUCCCACUAGGAUCGGCAUCUCAUCGAGAAACGAAAGGUUUACAAACGUUGUUUUUAAUGUUUUUUAUAUGAGAUAAAUUUGUUUUCUAUUUACUUGGCGCUUUAUUUCAAUGUUUAUUAAAAGGCUUUAGACGUUGUAGUUUUUCCGAAUGCUAUCCCGGGCAGCACCGUAUGUAUUAACUAGUAGCUUAAAUAAGGAAAACUGAAAUUUGGCCCCACGGCCCCAAAGGUUUAGUUAUGAUGAGUUCAGUAUUUGUAUAUGCAUAAUUAAGUGUAUGUGUACUAAGUUUGAUCUAGAGUCAACCAUUCAUGUAGGAGUGUUUGUUGGUAAUUGUAAUUAUAUUUCUAAUAUGGAAAAAACGAAUUCGGAGCCUCCUACACUAUUUUUUUUUCUUAAUUCAAUGCCCUAACUAUUGAUUCUGUAUUAUGAUGAAUAUUUAUGUUUGGUCAAAAUCCAUCGAACAAACAAAUCGAUAAAUCCCCAUAUUUUCACGUAUAUAUAUAUGAUUUUAUUACACGAUUUUAUUUUUUUGUUAUUUUGUUAAUUUUUUAUCAAUUUGUUCGUGGCAAAUAUUUUAACUAACAUUUUCGGCAUGUUCCUUUCGACAGAUUCACUUAAAAUUGUGCAUGAUUAAUAAAUCUCGAUAACAAAACAAACAUCCAUGAUCAGCAGUUCACAAGUAACCUCAAUAUCCCCGUCAGUAAACCGUUCGGGUCUAAUCUUGCAUAAACAUAAAUAUAACAUCACCAUUGCCUGUGUAAAUGACCAGAGGACUAAGAGUUUAUUCUUCGCACCCCCACCCCCAUUUGUAUUGUCACAAGAUGUUAACAACGCUGACAUUUCGGGGAAAUUUACGUAAAACUUGUUAGUAAAAGUUUUGAAUAAUUUUAUAAUUUUAUUAAUUUUUUUUUAUUUUAAAAUGUUUUAUCUACUGCGAUGUCGUUUUCAUUUGCCUUGCGGAAUGUAUACAUCAUUUUUGUAAAUUGAUAUCUAAAUAUCAUUUUACAUUUAUGUUUUUAUGCUUAAAAAUAUGCAUUUAUUUAAUAUUACAUUAGAUGGCUAAAUUUUUAUAUCUAUGUCUGUUUAAAAAAAAAAAAAUUGUAAAACAUAACAUGUUCGUUUAAAUAUUUACAACCACAAAAUUAAGUAGUGCUAACCAUGUUCUUUCUAUGUUUUUUAUUUAAAAAAUAUGUUUGCAUCAAUAUGCAUCUUUAAUUCUGUUUAAAUAUAUUAAAUAUUUCGUCUAGAUUUUAACAUUACCAUUGGACGACUUACUUAAGACUUCUGGAAUAAAUCACAUGCCAGAGACUGAUUUCAACAUUUCAAUUCCUAUUCCUGCAAAAACUGAAUAUAGUGAAUUGGCUAUUCAUGCUAAGUUGAUGCGUUCGCAGUCAGAGUUUGUCACAAGUUCCAUUCAAUAUUUUCCUGAAAUAUUUGGUAAGACAUGUUUUGUUCCAAAAUAUAAUAGUAUAAAUGAAAAUUGUUUGAAACAGCGAACUUGGGCUUUAUAAUUAAUGUAUUUUAUUAUUUGAAAAUAAUAAAUAAUGCAUUUACAUAUUUAAUAGUCAUUUGUAAACAAGUACACACAUUUUUUUAAAAAGAUUUUGUUCAAUUAUCAUCUUUCUUUUAACAAAGAAAGUAUAGAAGUUAUUCGUUAUUUACUUUCAGUUACAAUAUUUUUGUCAAUGUAAUUUAUUAACUUUCGCUAUAGAAUAUUCUUGUUAAUUUAUAAUCGUUUACGCAACUUUAACUCAUUAAUAUUAUUAACAGAUUUUCAAUGUUUUUUCUUAAUUAUAUAUAUUACUAGCGAGAACCCGGCAUGCUUUGCAAUGCCUCUCAAAGAAAGAAAGUUUUUGCAUUUUAAUUAUGUCUUUUCAAGAGCUUUUAAAUACAUAAAGUUUUUUUCUUUUUUUCCGUCUGGUACAUACACGAAUAAAUCAGAAGGUUUUCCGACGCCAGAGCAUGCAACAUACAUUGGCCCAUGGGAGUAGCAUGGGUAUUACAAAUUUCGUCCUUAAACUUGUAGUGAUUUUUCCUGUGCAAACGCGUGUCGCACCGCAAAAUGCAGACGUUUGAAUUCAAUUGGCAUCAUUUGGAUGCGUGACAACAGUACAUCAGCUCCUUUAAAUUGUCCAUUUAAAAUAGUAGCUUCAGCUUCAAUGGUAUUUUUCAUUAUGUUUUUCAUUGAAACUUGUUACCGUUGUAAAGUCGUGGCUGAUUUUUGUUUCAUUAAAGAAUGAUAGGCACGCCAAUUUUCAAUGUUAAAACGUGCGAUGGAAUGCCUGGCAAGUGAAGUGAUUGGAUAAUUGACAACUUCGUCUUAAUUCAAUACAAUAACGAUGGACUUAACGAUGUCGUUUCGACUGGAAUUUCAUUUUGAAUGCUUAAGUUGAUUGCAUUGUAAUCGUUUUUUUUUUGGCUGAAAAUAUAGCACGUGCACUGAGCCACUGAUGAUUUUUGUAAUAAUGUGCGAUAUUUUGAAAAAAACUGUACGUGUGAAUUCGUCGGUGGUAGCUAUUGUUUUACAGAAGCUUGUUGGCAGUAUAAAACAUUGAAUGGAUCCAUCAAUUGCCAUUUUUCCAUUUCCAAUGUCCAACAAUUAUUUUACGAAACGUUCAGCGGAUGCAUCAUCAUGUAGUUCUACACGCAUAAUCGUCUUCAAAGACAAUUUCUGUACAUGCCGCCAUAAUACUGAUGAUUUUAGACAUGCAUUUAAAUCACCAGCAGCUGUUGAGGCCACCAUCCAAAAGAGUUGCUGCAAUUCCAGAUGAUGCAAGUGCAAUAUUUUUUUGUAAUCGUAUUAUUGCCAUAAUGAGUGAAAUUAGGAAAGAUUUUCCUGUGCCUCCGGGCACAGCUAGGAAAUAUAGUCCACUGAUUUGAUUAGUAAUUGCAUGCAUAAUUCUGUAAUACAAUAUGAGUUGUUUUGGGACCAAUUGAGGAAGAUUCAUCCAAACAAAUAUACCUAAUUCUUCUAGAUCAAAAUGCGUUUCUCAUUUCAAAUCACGAUUAAAAAGCUUGUUUGCAGAUCGAUUCGGACAAGUCAUUGCCAACACUACCAGUGCUUUGUUAGAGAUUGCCAAACACAUGUCCACAAUCGAAACCAAUGCUUCAUUAUACACUUUUGGUUUAAAUUUAACGUCUAGAUUUUGAUUCGUUGAAGGCAAACGAUAUAGGAUAUCUUCACUCAGGUAGUCUUUGUAUUUCUACCACAGAUCUUUUGGAUUGAAUGGGAGCAAGUUUUCAAUAUGAUUGCAAACAAAGUGCAUAUUUGCGGUUUUUGAGCAACAUUCGUUGCAUCAGAGAUACCAACAUUGAUGAUAGAUCCGGUGGUGCAUGUAAUUCUGACAAUUUCACUUUCUCACCCGCACAGAAAAUUCCCGGUGUUUCUUUCUUAAAUUUGAGGGCACUGCAAUACACGCAUAAUUGAUCGGUUUACCCAAUAACCACACUUGGAUGAAGACUGUAAUCAUAAUUAGCAUGCUAAUGGAAUGCACUAAUAUUAAUUUAACGUGCAGUGUUCAUCUGGAUCGAGCAGUGCGUACUCUAACGGAGUCCAGUCUUGUUUCUCGCUGCUCGAUUGUUUCAGACAAAUGGAUUUCAGCAUGGCUUACUCGUGUUGUUUCGAUUCUUAAUUCCCGUUGCUCGACUGUAUCAGAUGAACGGGUUUUAGCAUUACGUACUCGAGUGGUUUCUAGUCUUGCUUCCCGUAGCUCCACGUUUCAGAAAAUCGGGAUUACUUUUCCUUUCAGGAUUGAGGUGUAGAUAGACCAAAAGCUUAUCCUUUAGGUAGCAUUAUUGAUUUGACAGCGAAUGCAUUGCUUUGUGAGGAAUAUAAAAAAUGCAUGUGAUAUGUAGUACUAUCGAGUACCCACCAUGCGCUGCAAAUCCUUUCAAAGAAAGAAAAUGUUUACAUUUAAUUUUGUUUAUUGUCGAGCUUUUAAAUACACAAUGUUUUUUUGUUUUUCCGUCCCGUGCAUACACGUAUAAAUCAGAAGGUUUUCCGACGCGAGAACAGGCCACAUAUAGCUGUCCAUGGGAUAAGCAUGGGUUUUCCAAAUUUCGUCCGCAAACUUAUAGCAAUUGUCCCUGUGCUUUGUGAUGAUCAUUGCAAAUGCGAGUUUCACCGGAAACUGCAGACAUUUGAGUUCAAAUGGCAUAUCUGUUGAAAUCAUUGGGAUGCGUGGCAAAAGUACAUCUUCUCCUUUAAAUUUUCCAUUUAAAAUAGUAGCUUCAAUGAUAUUGCUUUAUAUAAUAUAUAUAUAUAUAUAUAUAUAUAUAUAUAUAUAUGAUAUAUAUAUAUAUAUAUCAUGGUUUUCACUGAUAGCUUGGUACCAUUGCAAAGUCGUGGUUGAUUAAUAUUUCGUAAAAACAUGAUCGGUACGCCAAUUUUUAACGUUAAAAUGUGUGACGGAAUGCCCAACAAGUUAAGUGAAUUCAAGAAUUAUGUUUGAUGAUUGACAACUUCGUCUAGAUUAAAUACAGUGUCGAUGGACUUAUACGUUGUUCUUUCGCCUGGGAUUUCAUUUUGAAUUCUUAAGUUGAUGGCAUUGAAAUCAUUGUUUUUGGCUGCUAAUAUAGCACGUGCACUGAGCUACUGAUGAUUUUUGUAAUGUACGAUAUUUGGAAAAACAUUUUGAAUCAAUUCGUCAAUGUUGAUUGUAAUUUUACAGAAGCUUGUUGGCAAUGUGAUUCAUUUUGUUGAUUCUUCUUUUGCCAUUUUCCCAUUCCCAAUGUCCAAUUAUUGUUUUGCCAAACGUUCAGCGGAUGCAUCAUUGUGUAGUUGUACACGCAUAUUUGUCUUCAAAAUUAAUUUCUGUACAUGUUGCCACAAUACUGAUGAUUUAAGACAUGCAUUUAAUUCAUCAGCUGCUGUUGAACGUGGUAUAACGGGUAAAGUUUGUCGAAAAUCUCCGAAGAGCUUUUCAUCUCCUCUCAAAUCUUUUAGUGUACGAUGAAGCGCUUCCAAUGCUUUUUUGUUUGCCAUAGUACAUUCGUCCCAUAUAAUGAGUUGACACGAUUGGAGUAAUUUACCCAUUCCAGAAUUUUUAUUUAUAUUGAAUGUGGCUAUCUCAGUUAUUUGCAUAUUCAAUGGCAAUUUCAGAGCUAAAUGGGCCGUCCGACCACCAUCCAAAAGAGUGCUUUUUUCCAGAUUAUGCGAUAGCCAGUGCAAUAUUGUUUGUGAUCGUAUUGUCGCCAAAAUAAGUGAAAUUAAGAAAGUUUUUCCUGUGCGUCCGGGCGAAUCUAGGAAAUAUAGUCCAUCACUUUGUCUGGUAAUUGCAUGCAUUAUUCUUUCAUACACUAUGAGUUUUUCUGGAGCCAAUUUUGGAAGAUUCACCUGAACAAAUAAUUCUUCGAUGUCAAAGUGCUUUUCUCGUUGUAUAUCCCGAUUGGAAAGCUUGUUUGCAGAUUUAUUAGCAGAAGUCAUUCCCAACUCUACCAUUGCUUUGUUAGAGAUUGCCAAACAUAUGUCCUCAAUCGAAACCAAUGCUUUGUUAUACACGUUUGGUGAAAAUUUAAUGUCCUGAUUUUCAUUCGUUGUACGCAAAUGAUGUAGGAUGUCUUCACUCAUGUCGUCUUUGUAUUUCUCCCAAAGAGCUUUUGGAUUGGAUGGAAAGCAAGUUGUGUAUAUGAUUGCAAACAAAGUGCGUAUUUGCUGUGGUUUAGCAAUAUUCGAUGCAUCAGAGAGCGAAGUAUCCCAAUGAGCAUCAUUGUCCAAAAGUUUUAAUUCUUUGCAAGCUUCACGAUAAGUGGCACAUACUUGAUCGUUUACUGUUCUCAGUUCUUGGAAGGAUGCUGAUUGUCCAGUUAACAAAAGUUCUUGUAUUUUCACCCACGUAGGGUUGCACGUAAAUGUAAUAAAAAAAAUAUGGGCGCCAUAUGCGCGAACAUAAGUCAUUGCAUCUUGUGCGUAUUCAUGAAUGUGUCGUGGAGUUCCAGUAAAUGUCGCAGGAAGUUUAACUAUUUUCCCGAAUUCAUUUGGAUUCACAUUGCAAUCAUUCACAAUUGCAUCAUGUAAAUAAAUGUACACUUCGGAACGUAACUUGCUUUGAUUUAAUCAAAUGUAGAUGAAUCGUUCGGUUUUGAUUUUCACAUACAUAUCAACAAUGUAUUGAUGGAAUAAUUGUUGACAUUUCAAGAGAUGAUUUUCGGCACUUACACGGAUCAUCAAUCGAUAUGAAUAGUAUUUCAUGGCACUGACUUUCUUCAUCUGUCUGUGUAUUUCUCAAUUUUAUUUUAAAAGAAUAUCCCUCUUCUCCUUGUCAAAAUAAAAUAGGAUAUUGCAAUCAAACGUAUGAGCGAUGAGUUUCUGAGACUCGCUGAACAUCGCCACUUCUGCGAUGAAGAAUUAUAUCACGUGAGUUAAAUUCUUCGCCAAAUAUAACGAUCGCCACUUCAUCAAUUGUUCGUGCAUUGUAUUGUCUUUCGUGUUGGCCGACAGUUGUUUUGUCUGCUCUAACUAUGACUUUGUAGUCAUAAGAGGGCAUCUUUUCAAGUGCAAUUCUAAACAUUGGAAUUAAUUCGUUUUGUUGCAAAAAUAACGUUUGAAAUGCAGCAACGAUUUCUCGUUUAGUGCCUGUAUUGAUAUGACAACGUUGAUCGAUUUGUUCAUCAGUAUUCCCCAUUAAAUACAUUUGAAGAAAUUUGUGAUCUGUGUUUUGCAUUGGCAUCAAAGAUCAUGCACGAUGAUAAACUUUGGCCUUGCACUUUUAAUGUUGGCAUGUGUUUCUCACACACGAUAUUUGUUGCAACGAACGAUGUAAUUUGGAAAAAUGUAAUGUACUUGCGUAUGUUUGCAGAGAAAUGUUUCGAUUGGCUAUUGUCACCUGAUACCAACGUUGAUAAUGGUUCCGGUGGUGAAUGUAAUUCUGGCAAUUUCACUUCCCACCCGCGCAGCAAAUUCCCGGUGUUUCAUUCUUAAACUUGAGGGCACUGUAAUACACGCAUAAUUAAUCCAUUUUUCCAAUAACCACACUUGGAUGAAAAAUGUAAUCACAAUUUGCAUCGUAAUGGAAUCUACUAAGAAUUAAUUCAGUUUGCAGUGUUCGUCUGGAUCGAGCGGUGCGUACUCUAUGGGAAUCCAGUCUUGUUUCUCGUUUGCUCUACUUUUUCAGAUGAACGGGUUUGAGCCUUGCGUACUCAAGUCGUUUCUUAACCUGCUUUCUUUUGCUCGACUGUUUCAGAUGAACGGGUUUGAGCAGUGCGUACUCGAUCGGUUUAUUGUCUUUCUUGUCUUUGCUCGAAUGUUUCAGAUGAACGGGUUUGAGAAUUGUGUACUCGAGCAGUUUCCAAUCUAUUUUCUCGUUGCUUGAAUGUUUCCGAAGCGCGUGAUGAUUUUUUCUUUCGUGCUUGAGGUGUAGAAAAACCAAUAGCUUUUCGUUUGGGUGGCAUAAUUGAUUUGACGGCGAAUUUAUUGCUUUGUGGCGAAUAUUACAAAUUCAUGUGAUAUCUGUCCUUAACAAUGGUAUUUCACAAUUAACACAACUUAUUAGGUUACACACAAAAUGAAAUAUCAUUUUUAGUAAUUGAUUAAUUUAAUUUACAAUAUUGCUAACUUUAAUAAUUUUCACACGUUAGGCUCUUCCAUCUCGAUGCACGAAAACCUUGCACAAUAGGUACCUUUAUUGUUGGCAGGAGAGUUUCCGUUGUGUAGCUUCACAUUCAAUUACAUAAAUCAUAAAUUCCAGCGUUAAAAUUACGAUAUUACCAUAGUUCAUUACCUGCGUUGACAAGUGUGUUAUUUAAUUACUUAAGAAACCAUCGAUUCAUGUAAAAUUUCAUUACAUAACACAAAACAACUCCGAAAUUAUAAGACUAAAUUUAAGAAAUACUUUUAAUUUAAAAAAAAAAAAACAACAACAUGUGUUAAACUUCAUAUCCGAUUCUAAAAUGCAUCACAAAAUUUAAGCUGAUUUAUAAAAUUAACAAAAAUACUGUCUACACUAAAAAUGAAAAACGUGUUUUCUCUGCUUUACUACAAAUGUGUAAUUUGGUCAAGGAGGUAGUGUUGAUAGCUCCGUUUAAAUUAUAUUGAUGAGGCUCAUUUAAGAAAACGAAAAAGAAUAUUGUAAAAUGGUUGUACUAAGUUAGAAAAAUUUGCGAGUGGAUUCAGCUCCAUCCACACAUGCAAUAGUUCUGUUUGAAAUUAUAGUUAUAAAACUCUUAGAAAAGAAACGAAAUUAUGGUCACUGGCCCAAACGGAAUAUUGUAAAAGGUUUUUCAAAUUUAGAAACAUUUUCGGUAGUGCGCAUUUCAAUUGAUUGCGUUUAAUCACAAUCGCAUAAAUGAUUUAGAAAUGUGUCGGACAUUAUAUAGUUAAUAAAAGGGUGGAAAACGAAUGUUGGGCCCCCGGCCACAAACGGAAUAUUGUAGAAUUGUUGUAUUACUUCAGAAACCUACGUAAUAUUUCACACACACAAUUUAAUGUCACUAUUUUUAAUUUAUUAAAAAGCUAUCCAUCCGUGCAUUAGCUCAGUUUUAUCGCAAUCGCUUGAAUGGUGUAGUAGCGCAUACAGUUUGAAAUUAUAUGUAUAUAGUUCAUGUUAGAAAAAACGAACAUAGGGCCCCCGGCUCAAACUUGAAUUUUUUGUAAACGGUUGUAAUAAUUUAAGAACCUUUUGUGGGAGAUUGCACAUCUCACUAAAGUUUUAUCGCAUUCUGGAAAAUGGUGUAGGAGCGCUUAUGCAAAUUAUUUUUUUGCAAAGCUCAUAUAAGUAAAAAUAUUAAUUUGGGUCUAACGGCUGAAAACGGAAUACUUUAAAAGUGUCGCAAUGAAUGAGUAAAAUGCGCAGGCUUAUUGAUAACAACUCACCAAAGUUUUGUCGCAAUCGCAUUAAUCAUGUAGGAGCGCAUACGGUUUGAAAAUAUAUGUAUAUAGUUUAUAUUUUUUAAAAAUGAACAUAGUGCCCUUGGCCCCAAACAGAAUAUUUUGAAACGGUUCUAAAAAUUCAAAAACCUUGCGGUCGUGCUGGCGCCAACAUCUUACCAAUUUUAAUGUAAUGGGAUAAAUGGCGUGGGAGCGCAUGCGAAAAUUAUUUUUUACAUAACUCAUAUGAGAAAAAGUACGAAUUAAGGGCCUAUGGCCGAAAACGGAAUAUUUUUAAAGUGUUUAAAUAAUACAGUCAAAUGCUACCCCUUAUGAAAAACACCUCAUCAAAGUUUUUUUGCAAUCGCAUAAAUGGUGUAGGAGAACAUACGGUUUGAAAAUAUAUUUAAAUACUCAUGUAAGGAAAAUGCAACAUAGACCCCUGGCUCAAAACUGAAUAUGAUAAAACGGUUGUAAUAAUUUAUGAACAUUUACAGGCAUGCUCGCAACAUCUCACCAAAGUUUUAUCAGAAUUGGAAAAAUGGCGUAGGAGCGCAUGUGGAAGAUAUUUUUUACAAAGCUCACAGAAGAAAAAAAAACGAAUUUUAGGCCAUCGGCUAGAAACGGAACCUUUUAUAAGGUUGUUAAUAUUUUACUUCAAUGGCCAUUUAUUUGGACAACAAUUGACCAAAGUUUUGUUCAAAUCGCAUAAAUGGUGUAGGAGCGCAUAUAAGACAUACAGACAUACACACAUUCAUUUUGAUAUAUAUAGAUUGUUUUUAAGAUAAUCUUUAAACGUAUGUCCCAUAAUUAAUAUCUAUCUAAAUUUUAAGAAGUCACUAACGCAAUUAUUUCAAAAUCUUUACAAUCCUAUUAAGCCAACCGUUUUCUAAAUGCUUUUAUCUUCAAUUCAUGCUUUAUUUCUCUUACGCAGUAUGGGAAAAUUGUCAUUUCGUUUUGCUAUGAAAACCGGGGUUUUAUAAAGUAAUUAAACAAUCAGCAUCUUCUAAGCAUUAAACAAUAAGCUCACAGACUAUUUCCGCUUCCCAUAUAAUGGGCAGUAUCCGUCAUUGUCGAGAAAUAUGGUUUGGGUUUUAGAGCUAAGUUCUUGUUUUCGGUUCUGAACUUGAACUAUCUGGACAAUUUAAAGAAUAUCAAUGUACAAAAAUGUGUUUAACAAGCAUAGUAAUAUAAUUUAUCUACCACCUAUCCCUCUUAUCACUAAAAGUCUAAUUUUUUUUAUAUUGCCCUCACACAUUUUGAUGACGUUAAUUAUCAAACAUUUAUAUAGCUUUUUUUUUUUUCUUGUUUUUUUUUGUUUUUAGUUUUUUUUAAUAUAUAUUUUAUUUACCUGGUUUUGUAGCCAAAUUUAUGUAAAUAUAUUACAAUCAUUAAAUUAUACUAUACUAUUUUACUUUUUAGCGAAUUAAAUGACAGUCUAUUGUAAAAUCAGUUUUGUUACAUAUACCUUCAUUUUACAAAUAUAUUACAGACUCGAAAUCUACAAACGGAACACUUUUUAUCAAUGGAAAGAAAACAAGCUAUAGUGAAAAGCAUUUUGAAAUAAAAGUGCCUGAGUGUAUAUCAAACUCUGAGGAUAAGUCAUGUAGGUUAAACGUCUUAUUUUUCUGUGAAAGUCAGGCAUCACCGUGUUUAGUCCAGUUGAAAUCUGACAAAUUAAAUAAAGUUGCAUUGGGAGAACGUUUUGCCUCAUUGGAUAUACCGUAUACAAAAGAGGAGGAAAUCAACAUUUACAUAUCAUAUGCAGCUUGUAGAUGGAUCAACCAGAACGAAAUCCAGGUUACAAUUAAAACGGGUAAGCUAUGCUACUUUUUAUUUUGUUACAUAAGCAGACUUUAAGCUUAAAGUAAUAAAUGGACUAAACACACAACUGAAUGAGAUGUUUUAUUAGCAAUAUGUUGUCCAUUUUAAGAUUAUCUUUCAACUUGCCCAGGCUCCAAACCCCAAAAGUAGGACAAAUAUUGAAGGAAUACAUUACAACACAAUACAAUUUAAUAGUGUCAAAUUUAAUUGAAUUUCGAUUAAAAUGUUAAUUUAAAUAAGAAAAAAAAAAGUUUACUUUAAUGAAUAUACAUUGGAUAUAUAUAUAUAUGGAUCUCACAAUUAUUUUAAAAUAGGAUUAUAAUUUCAUUUAGAAACUGUAACCUACUUCUACUAUUCUAUGCUUUAGAUUGUCUUUAUAAAGUGGUGCCUUAAUGUAUUGUCUUGUUUAUUGUUAAAUAACAGCACUCCUAAAUCAAAAUGUUUAGUUAAGUGAAUUAUAUUCAUUUGCAAGAAAGUCCUUCUUUGACCAAGGCAUAAAAAUGAGAUGAAAGUUACUCAGACGCCUGAACUAUAAAGACGAUGUCUGAAACUUUGGGGCCAGGUUUAAAUAGGGUAAUCGUCAAGACCAUUGCAUGGAUCUUUUUAACCAUGGAUUUAUCACACAACAUAAAAUAUUAAUUAAAUACGAAGCAAAAAUUGUUAUUUCCCAGUGUUGUUUACAAUAUUAAAAUAGUAAAAAAAAAAUAAAAACAGUAGCAUCACUAGGGGGAGCGGACCGCAACGAAUGACACGCUUACAGCGUAUUGACACUAAAUGAAAAAUUGUAAACUUUGACCUGUUUGUUCAAGCUCAUUUCAAAACUAAACUCUGUAAAUUACAAGAGCAGUGUGUCUCCCAAAAAAGGGUACCACAAAAUGAAGCUGCCACCAUAGCUGUAGCUAGUGUACUUUGGAUAUGCGGAUAAGAGUUUUAAAUUUUGUACUCCUUAACUUUGAAAAUAAUCUUUUCAUCGAUAAAUCUGGUCUUGCCCUAUGGGUCCCUUGUUAUCAUCUGCCCGAUUAGUCUUCCACUGGUUUCCACCACUGUGGCUAUUUUGGCGCCUCGUUCGCUUUCAUUCAUCUUUUCUGGUGAAUGAACUUAAGAUGACCCUAAGUUCGGCUUUGCUAUUAGUAAGCAGUGACGUAUUAGUUAUGAUCUCACCUUAACCUCAGCUACAAUAGGAUAAAAUCUAUGGUCUGUUUCAUGAUUCAAAAUUUUCAGAAUAUUGUGGAAGCAGCGGAAAGCGAGUACAAUGUGUAUUUUUUUUUUUUAGAAUUGUCUAAAUCAUUAGGCAAUAUAAAGGCAAGGACCUUCCCCUGGGACUCCGGUUUACAAGUCUGUAGUGGCUUGCGAAUUGGGAGGCGACAGGGGCCAUUCGACCCCGUCAACGUUACUCAGGGAACAAGACAAUUGUGGCGCGUCCUGCAUGGGCAGACAAGGGACAUGCUCGGUACCUGCCAUAAAUAAAACAUCAUCUACAGUGCAGCCAGCUGUGACAAUUCACAAAUGGAUGUAAAGGUAGAGACAAGGUAGGGAUCAUGAUUACAAGUUGCCGUUAAAGGAUAUGGGGCGAGAGGCGAAGGUGGUAAACUCUGGCAUACGAUUCUUAGUAUGCAGCCCUAAGAAGCUGGUCUAAGGCAACCAUUUAGUUCCAUCUACUUCGCAAGAUAGUUGCGUCAAAAAAAAAAAAACACUGUACAAACACUCUUAAAGGGCGUCAAAUGGACCCCCGGGAUGGGUGGGGGAAGAUAUUAGGACGUAAAUUUACCAUCCCAACUCCUAGGAAAAUCGUUCGUGUGCACAGAAUGCGAACAUAGUGUCGGACCGACUGAGUGUUUAUCGAGUGGGGCGGCCUCCAGCAGAACCCGAUCUAGUGGACUCGGGUGGUGGCUGUCCUGGCAAAAAGACAUUCCAAGGAGCCGCUUUGCGGCACAUACCGGGUAUAGUGGGGGGGGGGCCUCUGGGGCAGGAAAAAGAGCAUUAGUUCGAAGGCCAGCUAACGCCAUUUCUUAAUGUGACAUUUCAAUGGCAGGGAACAGACGAAGAGACGAAUGACGAGCGUUAUUUUGAACGUAUGCUUUUAUUUUGCUAGAGCGAUUUAUUAUCUAUGUGUGUGUAGGUUCCUUUUCACAAUCGCACAAUUUUGCACACUGUACUUGUAUAAGCCAAUCGUUAUACGUUAGGCCAAUAUCUUGAAUAGUAUUUCUUUUUGAUUUUAAAAUUUUUAAUCAACAUAAAAAAGUAAUAAUUGUUAUUAGUUCUGGUUUGAGUAUGGUAUUCUUUGCUAUUGUUAACAUAUGAUAUCGUCUUUGUUGUGUACUGUUUUAGAAUGAGCCAUACAUUUCCCUAAAUAAAAGAUUUAUUCCUGCAUGCUAAUAAAAGUACGUAGUAAAAUUGGGUUACCCGUCCUUGGAUACUUUAAUAUGCAUUUUUUUUAUUUCUCAUUAGCACCAAAAACAAAAUUGAUUUGCUUGUCUUUAGAUAAUUUGAAUCCAAAACUUUUUUCAUUACUACAAUAAUAAAUGGAG